AUGGCUCAAUUUAAGGCAUUGAAUGGUAGAAGGUGUAUAUGUCUCAUUGGGUGGUUAGAAUUUGGUGAGGCAAGGUUGUUCGGUCUUGAUUUAGUUCAUCAAGAUAUUGAGAUAUUGAAGGUAAUACCGAUUAGGCUUAUAGCUGGCCAAAGUAGCCAAAAGUCCUAUGCGGACGUGAGACGAAGUGACGUGAAGUUUGAUAUGGAUGAUUGGGCAUUCUUAAAGAGAGUGGGAAGUGUUGCUUAUGGGUUAGCAUUCCCUACGAGUUUGGGUUCUAUUUACCCUGCGUUUCACAUGUCCAUGUUGAGGAGAUGCGGAGGUGAUCCUUCAUUGGUGGUGCCUAUUGAGAAUGUUGGUGUCUCUGAUUCCCUAUCUUACAAAGAGGUUCUAGUAGAAAUGUUUGAUAGACAUGUUCAUAGGUUGCAGACUAAAGAUGUAUCAUUGGUAAAGGUCCUUUGGAGGAACCAUAAGUGGAAGAAUCCACUUGGGAACCGGAAGAGGAUAUGA